GGAUGAUAAUUUAAAACUAUACAGAUACCCUUUAGACACUCUGGUGCACCUUUAAGGAGGCCACCCGAUCACCAAAACCCUGCCUACGCCCCUGCACGGCAUCACUGUUUGAGAGCACCUAGUAGUACAUGGCCUACCGCUGCAGCUACAACGCGUGGAGUGAAGAAUGACAACGCCGCUCCUCCACAUCAAAACUACCUCACUGUAAGGACGGGUCUGCCUGACCUCUGACCAAUAUUCAUCAAUCAGUUUUUGAAGGUAAAAACAAAAAAACAAGACAACGAUGGCGUUUAUCAUCGCAUCUGCACGGCCACGAUGGAUUGUGUCUCUCUUUGCAUUCGCUGCACUGUGGGGAUUUACGCUUUCCAUCACUCGGUACUCUAUACCAGAGGAAAUGGAAGAGGGCUCCUUUGUCGCCAAUUUGGCAACCGAUUUGGGUCUCGACGUUCGCAGUCUGGUCCAACGUGAAGCAAAACUCGAUGUCAUCCACAGUAAAAAUUACCUCGACAUCAACAAAGAUACAGGUGAGCUGGUCAUUCGUGAGAAGAUAGACCGGGAAAACAUAUGCAUGAGCAAAACGGCGUCUUGCUUUUUAAAAAUGGAUGUCAUCCUUGAAAACCCCAUUCGCAUUUUUAAUAUUGAGCUCGAGAUUAUGGACAUCAAUGAUAACGCGCCCGUGUUUCGCAGAAAGACAAUGCACUUGGAUAUUUCCGAGGCAACCACUCCCGGCGAGAGAUUUUCAUUGACAAACGCCGUGGAUGCAGAUGUGGGAGCGAAUUCAAUCAAGACCUACUAUCUCAGCGAGAGCAAGUACUUCAACAUUGAUAUACAAACUGGGAGCGAUGGCUCAAAAUAUGUCGAUUUAGUUCUUAGUGGUAAUUUGGACCGGGAGGAGCAUGCAAUUCACAAUUUGAUUUUAACCGCGGUGGAUGGUGGGGUCCCUGCCCGCUCCGGCACCGCCAGCAUCAUCAUCAAUGUCCUGGAUAUCAACGACAACGCCCCCCUAUUCACUCAGCCGGUAUUUAGUGUGAGUGUGCCAGAGAACUCACCAGUCGGGACCGUGGUCAUGACUUUGAACGCAACAGACUUGGAUGAGGGCACAAACUCUGAGUUAAUGUAUUCCUAUACCCUGUACACCUCUGAGAAAACACAAGAACUCUUCACACUUGAUCCAAACACGGGGGAGAUCAAGGUGAAGGGGGUGAUUGAUUAUGAGGAGAGUCAAAGUUUUGAGAUGCACAUACAGGCCCAGGACAAAGGGGCGAGCCCGCUGUCAGGACACUGCAAAGUUAUCGCAUCUGUCACAGACCUGAAUGACAACUACCCCGAGGUGACCAUCAAGUCUCUGAAAAGUGCAGUGAGAGAGGACGUCCCGGUAGGAACCCUAAUAGCAGUCGUAAGUGUCAGCGACCAGGAUUCGGGAGUCAACGGCGAAGUUGACCUCACUUUGAGUCAGCAGGCAUCCUUACCGUUUUUUCUGAAUAAAUCCUCAGAGGAUUACUUUGAGCUGAUUGUCUCAAAGCCACUGGACAGAGAAAUAAAAAGCAAAUUUGACUUCACUUUUCGAGUCAGAGACAGAGGGUCACCCUCUUUAUCUGACAACGAGACCAUCACUGUGGAGAUUUUGGAUGUCAAUGACAAUGCGCCCACAUUCCCACAGUCAUUCUACGCCAUCCAUGUUGUGGAGAACAAUGCACCUGGGGCGUUAUUGACAUCUCUUAGUGCGUUUGACCCAGAUGUCAACGAGAACCAGUAUUUGGUUUAUUUCAUAAUGGAGAAGGAGAUUUUGAACACGUCUAUGUCAAUGCUGUUCUCUAUCAAUCCAGAGAAUGGUAACCUGUAUGCACUGAAAACCUUUGACUAUGAGAGAGAGAGGGAUUUCCUGUUCCACAUUGAGGCAAGAGACUCUGGUGUUCCCCCUCUCAGCAGCAACGUGACAGUUAAUAUCAUCAUUCUUGACCAAAAUGAUAACACGCCUCUCAUAGUAUCACCCUGGCGUGCGCAAGGCUCUGUUAUUGAAGAGGUUAUCCCGAGGUCCACAGAUAAGGGGCACUUAGUGGCCAAAGUGAUUGCCAUUGACGCCGACUCUGAGCAGAACUCCAGGGUUACAUAUCAGUUGCUGCAGGUUAGCGAUGCAACACUGUUCAGCCUAGAUCAGUAUAACGGUGAAAUCCGAACAACAAGGAUGUUUAGCUACAGAGAUCCACGGCAGCAGAGACUAGUAAUAGUUGCCAAAGACAAUGGUCAACCUGCACUUUCUGCCACAGUCACCAUCAAGAUAUCAACGGUAGAGCACGUCAUGUCAUUUUCAGAGACCACAGAGGUGCCCAUAGAGUAUGACGUCUUCACAGACUUAAACCUGUAUCUAGUUAUUGGUUUAGGGGCUGUGUCCUUCCUGUUGCUGAUUACCAUCUUGGUGAUUAUAGUGCUGAAGUGUCAAAAACCAAAGCCAAAGGCAAUCAAGAUCCCCCCAGCCAACAGGAACAGUGUGAUUAGCAGGAACAGUGUGAUCAGCCAGAGAAGCUCCACCAUUGCAGAUUCCACCCUCAUCUCCAGUGACGCCUACUGGUACAGUUUGUUCCUAGCAGAGACCAGGAAAGGCAAGGUGGUCGUCAGACAGCCCAUAGUGCCCAAAGGAGCUGGGUACUUUGUGUCCAGUAUACCCAGGAGCAUAGGGCCAAGUGAGACCAGUGACUCCAGAGCAUCCACACUACAGUACUCAAAAUGAAAGGAAGUCCAUUCUACAACUGGAGGAGUCCAGCAGAGACCGACCAUGAUAUAAUCAUCUCUUCGUGGGAGUCUCUGGCUGGAAUUCUCUGCUUUAACUCGAAAAGAAGAAGUAAAACAACUGUCCUCUCUCAGUCCCUGGGCUUUAACACCUCUCUGUGGUUGGGGAAUGGGGGUGGGUAGUUCCUCCAAUCCUCCACACAGACAUCAACCACCGACCACCUCAGCUUGCUACCUUCCUUCGUUUACUCCAUCAAGCAUGAAUCUGCAUGACUCUAGAGUAUGUUCAUAAUAUCUGAACAUAAAUUGAAAAUCAAGCAUUAUCCCAGGAUAUCAGGACGAUACUAGCGUGGCCUCAUGUAAAUUCUCCUCUUAACUUCAUAACAAGAAGGAAAUCACCCAUCUCCUCAUGGACCAGUUCACAUUCUCCCUGAUUAAAAGGAAAAGCUCACCUUUUCUCCAGGUGUUCCUCAUGUCUGUGCUGUAGUUCUAGUAAUCAUCAGUAGCUCACCAUGUGAGUGGUCAUGACACUUGUUUUGUUUUUAAGGUCCCCCUCCAGCCAUCUAAAAAAUUGCUACCUUAGAAUUAAAUAUCACUCUAAAUCUUGUGGUCAUAAAAAAUGUGCAGACUUAUUAAUAUGUAAAUAGUCCCACCCAUCCUGCUGCCGACUGGCACAUUAGCUCAUAACCAGAGCUCUGUUCCCAGAACACGGAAGUAUCAUCCAC